AUGGACCGCGCCUCCUACGCCGUGGAGGCCGGCCACCGGCCCGGCUUGAAGAAAUCGCGGAUGUCCUGGCCCUCCUCUUUCCAGGGACUCAGACGUUUCGAUGUAGACAAUGGUACAUCAUCGGGACAAAGUCCCUCGGAUCCCAUGAUGAGCCCUGGAUCAGGGCUAAUUCUUCAGGCAAAUUUUGUCCACAGUCAACGUAGGGAGUCUUUCCUUUACCGGUCAGACAGUGACUAUGACCUUUCUCCAAAGUCCAUGUCCAGGAACUCCUCCAUUGCCAGUGAUAUACAUGGAGAUGACUUGAUUGUGACACCAUUUGCUCAGGUGCUGGCCAGCCUGCGUACUGUACGGAAUAACUUUGCUGCAUUAACCAAUUUACAAGAUCAGGCACCCAGCAAACGGUCACCAAUGUGUAACCAACCAUCUAUUAACAAAGCAACUAUAACAGGAAAAGCCACUGGGUUGCACAUGGUGUGCGCCACCGGUACCCUCUCCCUUGAACAGAAAAAGGCUGACUCAAUAGCUGAGACCAUGGUUGAUGUGGUUGGUGCCUCCGUGUCUGUCCAGCUCAUUAUCACCAGGGUGUUGGCAUAUGACAUCAGUGCACUUCAUACAAACUUUCGCCACAUGGACCGCAUGCGCUGGAUUUCAUCCAGGUCUUUGGAUACCUGGUUGUCAUCCAGGUUGUUAUAG